AUGCCGGAGCCGUGAAGAAAAUCCAAGAUCACAGCCUCACGCAAACUCUUGUUGAAGAGUCUGAUGCUGGCAAAGGCAAAGGAGGAGUGGGAUCAGGAGCUCGUGGACAAGCAGUCAGAGAAGGAGCGCUACCUGUCCGAGCGGAUCACGCCGCUGCGCACCAGUGGGCUCUCCCUGAGCCAGCUCCAGGACCUGUGCAGGGAGCUGCACGAGAAGGUCGAGAUUGUGGAUGAAGAGAGAUACGACAUUGAAGCAAAAUGCAACCAUAACACUCGGGAGAUUAAAGACCUGAAAAUCAAAGUGCUGGAUCUCCGAGGGAAGUUCAAGCGACCUCCCCUGCGGCGAGUGCGGGUGUCAGCCGACGCCAUGCUCAGGGCUCUGCUGGGCUCCAAGCACAAGGUCUCCAUGGACCUGAGGGCCAACCUGAAAUCUGUCAAGAAGGAGGACACAGAGAAGGAGCGUCCCGUGGAAGUGGGUGACUGGCGCAAGAACGUGGAGGCCAUGUCAGGGAUGGAGGGGAGGAAGAAGAUGUUUGAUGCUGCCAAAUCUCCCACAGGCCAGUGAGAGGAGCAUCUGGAAGAAGAGCCUCCCCACUCCUGCUGCCAGCCUCCCUUUCCCUUGCUGCCCCUCUGUGCUCUUUACACCCUUAUCCUGAAUCCAUCACUGAGCUGAAACACAUGGACAACUGUGUGGAAGGAGAUCUGAGCUUCUUUCUUUCAGCACUGCCAUCAGCUUCACUCCUUCACAGCCUGGCACUGUGGCUCCUCAGUAUCACCUGCACUGGCCAUGCUGAACCCAAGGGCUCACUGGCCAUCCCCCUCCUCCCACCACUGCAGAGAGGUCCCAGAGAUGGCUGCUGGUCCUCCCAC